GUACGGCUUUGUUGAGUUUGAUGAUCUGCGAGAUGCAGAUGAUGCUGUUUAUGAGCUAAAUGGUAAAGAUCUUUGUGGGGAGAGAGUGAUCGUUGAGCAUGCCAGAGGCCCACGUCGUGACAGCAGUUACGGUUCUGGACGCAGUGGAUAUGGUUAUAGAAGAAGCGGAAGAGAUAAGUACGGUCCUCCUACCCGUACAGAAUACAGAUUGAUUGUGGAAAAUUUGUCAAGCCGCUGCAGUUGGCAAGAUCUUAAGGAUUAUAUGCGUCAGGCAGGGGAAGUGACAUAUGCAGAUGCACACAAAGGAAGGAAAAAUGAAGGUGUGAUUGAGUUCAAAUCCUAUUCUGACAUGAAAAGAGCCCUUGAAAAGCUGGACGGGACAGAAGUAAAUGGCAGAAAGAUUAGAUUAGUGGAAGACAGACCUGGAUCGAGACGGCGCCGCUCUUACUCCAGAAGCCGAAGCCAUUCGAGGUCUCGCUCUCGAAGCAGACAUUCUCAUAAGAGCAGGAGCCGCAGUGCCAGUAGUAGUCGCUCCAAGAGUAGAUCAAGAUCCAGGUCUGUGUCCCGUUCCAGAAGCAAGAGCCGUAGUCGAAGCAAGAGCCGUAGCAGAGGCCAAAAAGAGAAAAGCAGGACUCCAAGUAAAGAGGAUAAAAGUAGGAGCCGCAGCAGGAGUGCAGAGAAAUCCCGAAACAAAAGUAAAGAUAAAUCUGAGGGCACCCUCCAUAACAGUGAUGAGAAAGCAAAGAGCAGGAGCCGCAGCAAGGAAAAGAGUAGGAGCAGGAGUGGGAGUAAGGACAGGGGAGAGACGAGGGAGAGCAUGAGGAGUCGGAGCGAGGAGAAGAGUAGAAGCAAAGACAGGGAGAAGAGCAUUAGCAAGGCCAGAAGCAGGAGCAAGAGCAGGGAUGAGAGUAGGAGCAGGAGCCACAGUAAGGAUAAAAGGAAAAGUAGGAAGAGAAGCAGGGAUGACAGCAGAAGUAGAAGCAGGAGCCGCAGCAAGAGUGAGAAAAGCAAGAGGCGCAGCAAGCGAGACAGCAAACCAAGUAGCAAGAAGAAAAGGAAGGACAGCCACGAGCGGUCCAGGUCAGCCUCCAAAGAAAAGGAGCAUCUAAAAUCAGAUUCUGACAAAAAGGAGGCAAAAGGUGAGGGUGAGGAUGCAGCCGCACGUCGGGUGUCUCGCUCCAGGUCUAAGUCGAUUUCCAAGUCAAAACCAAAUGUCAAAUCAGAUUCUCGUUCCAGGUCUAAAUCUGUUUCAAAGCCUAGGUCCCGGUCCAAGUCUAGAUCUAGGUCUGCCUCUAGGUCACACUCCCGAUCACGGUCAAGGUCUCGCUCUAGAUCCUAACCUUGCUGCAACCACACUUGGAACGGUUGGAAAAGUCUUUUGUACAUGUUUAGUAGUUGUAGCGCAAGUGAUUGAAGUAGAAAACUCGUCGAUGCUGUAUAUUUUUAACAACCCCGAUGGUAUGUCUCUCAUUGUUAACGGCAGUGCUCCCUCCCUGCAAUGCUCUCUGGUGCAAGGCUGUUCAGCUCAUUUUCUAUCCUAUAGAGAGGUUCUCUUUAAAUAUAACUCUUCCCAGAGCACCGAAAGUGCCCUGUUUUCUAGGAAGAGCCUUGCAGAGAAUGAGCACUGCACCUUGGUGGGUUUAUGAGAUUGCAGUGAUGACCGAUAGGUAGGUAUGACAGCUUCAACAGUCUUUGCCCUUGAAUUGAUGCCCUUUGAUGUAUGCCAUUUAGUGGAAGUGCUAAGUCUUAAGUUUCAUACUACUUUUGUUUCAUAUUUUUUGGACUUACAAAGUUGUGAAUAGCACAGUCAAAAGGCAAAAAAAAAUAGGUACUUGCAGUAAUCCAUAGGGAAAAGAAGUAUAGUUCCAUAUUCUGGUAUUGUGACAAUAUCCUUGUUUUAUAUUAAAUUUUUUUAUUUUAUUUUUCCCUGUCUUGCAAAGUACAGUGAUUCCUGUUUCCAUGAAAUUUGAAUAAAGACUAUUUUUGCUUGAUGACA